CCUCCGCCGCCACACCAUGCACAGAAAAACUCGUUGCGGUUCGGCCGAGCGGGGACCGGGGGGAAACGCGUGCGUGUGACCGUGUGCGAUUGCGGUCGGUGCGUGCGCGUGCGCGUGCGCACCCGAUCCGACCGACGACGACGGGACCGCCGAAUUCCGAUCUCGUCCGCACCGACCGCACCGCGUCACACGUAUCGCGCCGGCCGGUCGACCACGACCGUGCAACCACCACAGUUCGUCUACGCGUUUGCCGCCGUCUGUUCCGCGCGAUUGUCUGCCGAUCGGUGUCCGACAAUAAUAUUGUUAUAAAUUACAAUCGAUCGUCAAUUCGUUAUCUACAUCGGUCGUUAGUGAUUUGCCGUUCUACUUAUCGUCACGCGGUCGGGCUUUUUUUGUUUUACCUUUGUCGUUUCCAGCCGUCCCGAGGCGGUUUCAUAAACGUUCGGCCUUUGACCGAUCGUCUUGUUCGUGGAGAAACCCCCGUUGGCAUGACAAUUACCGACAACGACGGAUCGUCGCGACAUCAGACACGACGAAAUUAGUCAACAGGCAUGCGAAUGACGACGACGUACGGCAGCGGCGACGGUCGAUCAGCGGCGACAUGUUGAUGCACCAUGUCAAGGCAUGGACGCUCUAAACAAUACGGUCCGGAACCGCCGCCGGCGGCCGUCUACACCAAGCCGCCGCCGCCGGUGCACGGCAACAACACGUACAACGGCCGCGCGCAUCACCAUUACCAGCAGCAGUCACAGCAGCAACAGCAGCAAUUGCUGUUGCAACAGCAAUUUUACGGCACGCAACAACAACAGUCAAAUGCAGUGGUCGGACCCAGGCCUCCGUCGAGCAGUUAUCACCACCACUCGUUGCCCAGAAAUGCCUGGAGCGCAGACAGACAUUCUCCGGCGGCCGGCGGAUCUUCGUCGAACAGCUCGAACGAUCGGGCGUACACGGCCACCCGCCGUGCAAAGCACCAUCGGGUGUACAACAGCCACCGGCAGACGUCUCGUGGCCACCACAAGAGCAGCGGCGGCGGUGGGGCCACCACUGAUCCGGACGCCUUGUCGUCGGUGACCACGGCUGGCAUCAAGUACAAUCCGCUGCAGCAACCGCCGACGCAACAGUUGAAUCACCAAUCGUUGCACCAACUGCACCACCAGCAGCAACUGCAGCACCACCACCGGCCGCAGAUGGCAUCUGGCUGGCCGCCGGCUGAACCGCCGCCGUCGUCGGUCGUUCACCAUCAUCAGCAGCAGCAGCAGCAGCUGCAGCAACAGCAGCCGGCCACGGCCGCACAGUAUCUGCCGCAGCCGCCACCUCCACAGUUACCGCCACAGAACACCGCGGCCGCGGUUUUGAGGCACCAUCACCAGCCACCGGCUGCAGUGCCACUGUUGUUGCCCUCGUGCGACGUGGCCGUCGAUGCCUGUGGCGGCCACUGUCCGAGGUUCGAAAACUUUUGCCAUUUCUGCUUGCUGGUGUUUUAUUUCGCGGGCAUCACGGUGGGCUUCCUGUUGAUCAUGGCAGCCGUCGUGUCCACCCGGGACUCCCGGUUCCUUUACAUCGGCGGCCUGGUGCUGCCGGUUAGCGCGUUCCUGAUGGCCGUCCAGUGCCGGGUGCGGCAGGACGCCGACCGCCGGAAGCGGCACAGGCAGCUGAACGGCCGACAUCACCACCACCGGUCGAACGCGGGCGCCCUGAUGGUGAUGAACAGCAACAGCAGCGGUGGCGGCAGCAACCAGCACAACGGCGGCGUUGUCGGGCAACCGUUGGCCGCCGGGUCGGGCACGGCCACCGGCACCGAGACCAUACCGCUGCAGAACAUCGUGAUGGCCACCGCCGGCGGUGUCGAUAACGGUGGCACGCUUCGCCGGCAGUUCCAGGGCAACGUUUACCAGUACGUCGGCCAGAGAGACGGCGGCGGUAGCGAGGCCAACGGCCAUCACUACGAGACGGCGUCCGACAUACAGCAAAUCGAAGGAGUGCCGUGGUGGAGACGCGAAGACAACCGACCGUAUCACAACCGUGCCCCUCAUCCGUAACCAACUGACACCACACACAAACACACACACACCCACACACACCUCUGUCAUCAGCUGGUCAGAACUAUUAUUUUUGUUUUUCAGUGGAUCCCCGUCGAGUGUAUCUGUGUAUGCGUGUUUAUACAUUAUUAUGAAUACGAUUUGUAACUUUAUUAAUUAUUAUUAUUUUUUUGAAACUAAGUUUUUGUUCUCGCCCCGGUAUUUUGGCGCGACGUUUGUAUACAUUUACAUACAUUAUAUUAUUAAACAACAAUACGUGUUACGAUUAAAAUAUGUCUCCACUGUGCCAAAAAUUAAACCUCCGAUAUCGCCAGUUGUGGGUCUCAUUACUCUCAUUAUACAGUGGUGUAUAGUAACCGGUUAUCUGGAUAUGUCUUAAUGCAUGCUCUCUAUUUUCAUAACGACACGUUGAUAUAAUAUAUAUAUACCUAUAAGAAUUUUCAAUGACGCAUUUGGAUAUGUCUUAGUGUACCUAUGCUCGUUAUUUCCAUAGUGACACGUUGAUAUUAUAUAAUACCUAUAAGAAUUUUCAAUGGCGCGAACAAAAUUUUCUAAAACUAUUAUUUACACGGUUCAAUUAUUCCCAGAUGACACGUUAUUGUAGUAUUAGGUGAUUAUUAAAAACAAUAUUUAGAGGUUUCAUAACCUCGAUGGAUGGGUACUAUUAAUUCUUAUCCACUGAAUAAAUAUAUAUGUAACACGGUAUUAAAUUAUAACUUGUUAACAGAUGUGUGAAAA